AUGGAACCGUUGGUGAAAAACAUUGUGGAAAUGGUUGUUAAGGAGGUUGUACAGAACCUGAGAACAGUUCAAGGGAAAUGGCAAGAUGUAGAUCACAUCUUUGUUAUGUGUAUCAUCGUAAAGGACACUUGGUUCAUUCGUGUUCAUUCAAGAAAGAUCAGCAGUAAGGACCAUGGAGGUUUGAAAUAUAAUGGGAAAGGUGAGAUGAAGCAAAAAGUUGAUAAUAGUACAGUGAUGGAAAAGUUGGUAAAAAUAAAUGGACAAGCAAUGAGAGCAUCAAUUAGUACUGGUUCAG